CUCAUGUAACGGCAAUGUUGACGGAAGUGAAACAAAGAGCAACAUAGUUUCCAAAAACACGUUUCUACAUGAUCGUGUUUUGAAAUGUAUUAACGUUGUCCGUCACAAACCCGCCUUCGAUGAGAAGAAAAUGUAAUAUGUUAUUUGCAGAUCUCGUUACAAUGCAGCCGGCUUGUGAUUUGACCAGCGUUAGCUCAGCGCUGAGUUUGAGUUCCACUGGUUCCACAUUUCGUGUUCUCCUGGGUGUAACUGGUAGUGUUGCAGCAUUGAAGUUACCAUUGUUGGUGUCACAACUUCUUAAAAUCCCUGGGAUUGAUGUACGGGUAGUCACCACGGACCAUGCUACCCAUUUUUACGACAUUGGCGAAGUUCCUGUCCGUGUCUACACAGACAAAGAUGAGUGGGAGAUGUAUAAAACACGCUCAGACCCUGUGCUACACAUAGAGUUGAGACGGUGGGCCGACCUGCUAGUCAUUGCUCCGUUGGAUGCGAACACACUCGGCAAGAUAGCCAGUGGUAUUUGUGACAACCUUCUGACAUGCAUAGUAAGAGCAUGGGACAUGAGCCGUCCUCUACUCUUUUGUCCUGCCAUGAACACGGCCAUGUGGCAGCAUCCGAUCACUGCCCAGCAAGUGGCCACACUUCAGGGUUUCGGCUAUGUGGAGAUCCCCUGCAUUUCUAAGAAGCUAGUCUGUGGAGAUGAAGGCAAAGGUGCAAUGGCAGAGGUGUCGACUAUCGUAGAUGCCAUCCAACAGUAUCUUCCGAAACCAGCUGAGAAAAUCACAGCACAAGGGGAUGAACACUGAAAUUAGAAUCCUGUAUAUAAUGAAUAUAUCACCACAAUCAAUAAGCAAAAUUCAAUCUUUUUUAAUAUUUCUGUAAAUAUAGAAAAGAUAUUUUUCUUUAAUAUUUGAAGUGUAUCUUUAAAAGCAUACUCAAAUUAUAACUCUGUAAUUGACUGAUUAAAAAUAUCUUCAUAAUUUCCAUUUCUGUUGAAAUUGCUUGUGUUCCUUUAUAGGUCUCUUCCCCCAUAUUAAUGCAGAUCUGUUUAGUUUUCCAGUAACGUCCUUUCCAUUUCUGAGCAAAUCCACCCACUGUCAUGUGUGUUAGUGAAGUAAGUUUUAUAAAUAUGAACUGAAUGUGAAGGCAGCUUGACUGUAUUUAGGGACCUUGGCUUUCUGAAGGUCAACAGUGGGAUUAGCUUAUGUCCUGGUUCAACAAAUCCUCCUAGCAAUGCCUAACAAGUUAUACAUUUGAGUAAGUAUUUAUCUAUUUUCCAUGUUAGCCUACUGAAUCCACCAUCUCCAGAUAAAGUUUUGCAUUGAAACUAUAAGAAUAAUCAAGUGUUUAGCUGUUGUAGUCAAAUAGUUUGGUUUUUUAGUAUUCUGUGUCUGUAUCAUAUUUAAUUUUCAUUUACACAGUUCUGUUUUACUCUCCGAUUGGAUUUGUGAUUAAACUGUGUAUGAGGACUAUUGACCCCUGGCCUUUGGCUGCAUUUCAUUACGAUGAUGCGCUAUGACACAUGCUUUAUUUUAUUUGUCCACUCCUUACACAAUAAAUGUUACACUACUGCACCACUGUUUGCCAUUUAAUAAAGCUACAUGCAAAUGCAUUAAAAAAAGUA